UGUGUGAUAUUUUCCUGAUUCUUUUAAAUUUAGGUACCUGUAGACUGGAUCCAUGGCUCACACAAAUGAAUCAGUGGUGUCUGAGUUUGUGCUUCUGGGACUCUCUAACUCGUGGGAUCUUCAGCUUUUCUUUUUUGCCAUCUUCUCUAUGGUGUAUGCGACGUCCGUGCUGGGCAACAUCAUGAUUAUUGUUAUCAUUUCCUCUGACUCCCACUUGAAUUCCCCGAUGUACUUCCUGCUCAGUAACCUUUCUUUCAUUGAUAUCUGCCAGUCUAACUUUGCAACCCCCAAGAUGCUUGUGGACUUUUUCGUUGAGCACAAGACUAUCUCCUUUGAGGGUUGCAUGGCCCAGAUAUUCCUUCUGCAUAGUUUUGUUGGGAGUGAGAUGAUGUUGCUUGUGGCUAUGGCAUAUGACAGAUUUAUAGCCAUCUGUAAGCCCCUACGCUAUAGCACAAUUAUGAAUCGGCGACUAUGUACAAUCUUUGUGUUUAUUUCCUGGGCUGUGGGUAUUCUUCAUUCUGUGAGCCAUGUGGCUUUCACAGUGGAUCUGCCAUUCUGUGGCCCUAAUGAGGUAGACAGCUUCUUCUGUGACCUUCCCCUAGUGAUACAGCUGGCCUGCAUGGAUACCUAUGGGAUGGAAAUUAUGACACUAACUAACAGUGGUCUGAUAUCACUGAGCUGCUUUCUGGCCUUGAUGAUUUCCUACGCCAUCAUUCUGAUCACUGUCUGGCGCCGGUCCUCCAGUGCGUCAUCCAAGGCGCUUUCUACAUUAACCGCUCACAUCACAGUGGUGAUUCUGUUCUUCGGGCCUUGCAUUUAUUUCUACAUAUGGCCUUUUAGCAGACUUUCUGUGGAUAAGUUCCUUUCUGUGUUCUACACUGUUUGUACCCCCAUGUUGAACCCCAUCAUCUACUCUCUGAGGAACGAAGAUGUUAAAUCAGCCUUGCGAAGGUUGAGAAAUCAUCACGUGAACUGGAAAAACUAGGCACCACCAUGAAGGUGUAACCCUGAAUGCGAGUGAAGAGCCUCCGCUGGAUCACAGCACCA